CAUCUCCACCACCACCAAGUAGGCGCAAAAAAUGGCAGAAAUGGAGAAAGAAGGGAGACCUCCCGAAAAUAAAAGGAGCAGGAAGCCGGCUCACCCGGUGAAGCGGGAGAUCAACGAGGAGAUGAAGGAUGCACUGAAUGUGUCUCAACUCCGCCUCCUGGGCUGCAAACAGAGACGAAUUCACAGGCUGCAAAUCCUGUUCAUUGACCAUCUUUAUUUAUUUUUUAAAAAUAACUCUCGUUGGGCUUUUAAGCUCCUCGGGUGCCAAUGAUGAGCGGGUUUUUUGGUUUUUUUUGGGGGGGGGUGGGUUGCUUUUUUUUUUUUUUUUUUUUUUUUUUUUUUUGCUUUCUCUCUAUAGCCACCCCCUCAGGUAGCUGGGAAGCCCUUAAAGUUAGGAAAGAAAGGCAUCCCUUUUAAACGCUGUAUUUCUGUCCUUUUUUCAGUAGCCAGCUGCAACUGUGUAAUUAAAUUGUCAAAGUGAAGCGUUGUGGUCUGAGCCGUCAGUGCAUCAGUCUCGCACUUCAGCCGGAGACCCCUUGUCUCUGCUUGCUCUCGCCUCUGCUCUGCCGUUCCGCUGCGCUCCGCGGCUCGCGGCAGCGCAGAGGUGUCGCUGGCUUGUCCGGGGGCUGCUUUUCAUGGAGUGUAUUUACCGCGCGGAGGGCUGUCCUGCCUGAUAGGAACCGGUGCCGCUCCAGCUGUGCUCUGGCGGCCGCUCCAGAUGUUGGGAUGGCUGCGAUGGCACAAACCCGCUAUUUUGGGACUUCUUUUAUCAUUAGGUCGCUGUUCCAGGCUGGAUCAUUUUUGUGCCUGUUUUCCGUGUUUGUUUGAUGUCUCUAAUUCCCCAAAGUUGCUAACGAUGUAUUGCUAGACUUGAGCUGAACUUAUGUUGUUAAAUGCACGGAUAAAGUGACUAAAACAGCUUAGUCUGGCUACGAGAUAAAGCUGCUGAGAUUUAAUUUGAAUAUGUCAUUUAUUAAAAGGCUGAUUGUAAGUGGAAGACAGCCUGGAAAAUGUCACUCGUUCACAUAGUAUGUACACUAUAUAGGCGAGUGUGUAAAUAUGCAUGAUGCCUAGUGAAAACAUCUUUGCUUUCUGGAGCAUUGAUCUCCCCAUAUAAAAUUAAACGGGAAUGCGCCGUCCCCUCCCCUCUCUCCUCGUCUGCACACCCCUGAUUUCGGUAGGUGCCCUUUCCUGCCCAAGGCAGGCAUUCUCCUUGCCGCCUGUGUAAUGAGCGUGUACGUGGUUCUGUGUGCGCUGCAAGUGUAAAUGUGGACAAGAGUAGUAUUAGGAGCACGAACAAAACGAUGUGUUGGUGCGUCUCUUUGGAAAAAAAAACUGUAGUAGCUUCAAGUCCAGAGGAGCGGGGUCUUUCUUAGUGAGAUAUAUGACACAUCCUAUUUUCGGAGAGGGCUCUGUGCAGCCACCGGAGAGUCAUUGCUCUUUGUAAUCCCACAUAGUUUAGAGGACUGCAGAGGUCUGUAGUACAGGGCAUUGGCCCCUCAGAGCAUCGCCUAAUGCCAUCUAUAUGGAUUGCAGCUUUUAAGUUUCAUAGGUUCUAGAAUUACAAAUUAGCUAAUUUUAAUCAAAACAUGUGAAAUGUUAUCCUGGCUGGAUAUAAAGGCUGACUGUGCUGGAUCCUCUGGGUUUGUUUUGUUUACUUUGGCUGCAGGCACACUCAGCGGUUUGGGAGAUAGUUGUUCUUCUACAGUAUAACAGAUGUUUGUCUGAAAGGGUGAGGAGGAAACAAAAACAACAUUGUGUGAAGGAGAAAAAUUACACAAUUUUAAGCUAAUGCUUUGGUAUUAAGCACUGCCAUUAACCUUCAUGUAGAGAGUUUCUCUUUUUAAAUCAUGACUAACUGCUUAAGGUUAGGAACCUCAAAAUUUCAGCUGACUUAAAAACUGAAUGUGUGUGGAAAGGACAUUUUGAACCCAUGUAAUUUCUGGUUGAGAGUGAGACAGCUGAUGGCAGAACCUUCCAUAGCCCACCUUUCAACAUAAACUAGUCUAUAUAUGCUAUGCAUUUUUAGUAGGAUAGUUGACUGCUAUCAUCUAAGAAGGGAAAGAAAGGGGGGAGGAAGAAGAAGUAGUUUGAAUUUUUGACUGGUUGAGAAAGUUAAAAUCCUGUGGCGAUCAUUUACCCUUUUUCUUUAUUGAUGAAUUAAGACGUCUAGUUGUUCUUAAUAAACCCAGAGAAUACAGUAAUGUAACAAAUUGGUUACAGUGUGCAAAAUGUUUGCAGUGAAAUGACAGAGGGAGCACAAUGUGCCCUUGUGUAAGUUUGUAUCUGUAAUGUUCAAACAGGCUGUUUCCCUUCAUCUGAACUGCUUUCAUCUGGACCAGUGUAAAAUAAGCCCUGAACUUUGCUGAAAACACUAUGAAUGAGCUCCUUGGCUGGUAUGGUUAUGAUAAGGUAGAACUGAAAGAUGGAGAAGAUAUUGAAUUCAGGAACUACUCAGCAGAUGGGGAAAGCCGCCAGCACAUUUCUGUUCUCAAAGAAAAUUCUUUGCCAAAACCAAAAUUACCUGAGGACAGUGUUAUUUCACCGUACAAUAUAAACCCAAGCUACCCAGGGCUUGCCACAGGAAAUGGAUUAUCAGACUCACCAGCAGGGUCGAAGGAUCAUGGGAAUGUACCUAUUAUUGUCCCAUUAAUUCCACCACCUUUCAUAAAGCCACCAGCAGAAGAUGAUGUGUCAAAUGUACAAAUAAUGUGUGCCUGGUGCCAGAAAGUUGGAAUCAAGCGGUAUUCCCUGAGUAUGGGAAGUGAAGUGAAAUGCUUCUGCAGCGAGAAGUGCUUUGCAGCUUGCCGAAGAGCAUAUUUCAAGAGAAACAAGGCUAGAGAUGAAGAUGGACAUGCUGAAAAUUUUCCCCAGCAGCACUAUGCUAAGGAAACUCCAAGACUUGCCUUCAAGAAUAACUGCGAACUACUUGUAUGUGACUGGUGUAAGCACAUAAGACACACAAAAGAGUAUCUGGAUUUUGGGGACGGGGAAAGAAGGCUUCAGUUCUGCAGUGCAAAAUGUCUCAAUCAGUACAAAAUGGACAUUUUCUACAAAGAGACACAGGCCAAUCUUCCAGCUGGACUGUGCAGUACAUUACAUCCUCCAGUCGAAAAUAAAGCAGAAGGCACUGGGGUGCAGCUGCUGACUCCAGAUUCUUGGAAUAUACCGCUAGCAGAUGCUCGGAGAAAAGCCCCAUCCCCAGCGUCUGCAGCUGGCCAAAUUCAAGGCCCUGGACCAUCAGCGUCUACCACUGCCUCUCCAUCUGACACUGCCAACUGCUCUGUCACUAAAAUCCCCACGCCAGUUCCCAAACCUAUUCCCAUCAGUGAGAAUCCAAAUAUUCCACCAGUUUCUGUCCAGCCACCUGCUAGUAUUGUGCCUCCAAUUGGUGUCCCACCUCGCAGUCCUCCCAUGGUGAUGACAAACCGUGGGCCAGUUCCUCUGCCCAUAUUCAUGGAACAGCAAAUUAUGCAGCAAAUCCGUCCACCAUUUAUUCGUGGGCCACCUCACCAUGCCUCAAAUCCUAACAGCCCUCUGUCAAAUCCAAUGAUUCCUGGAAUCGGUCCCCCACCAGGUGGUCCCAGAAAUAUGGGUCCCACCUCUAGCCCCAUGCACAGGCCAAUGCUUUCCCCCCAUAUCCAUCCUCCCACAACACCUACCAUGCCUGGGAAUCCUCCUGGCUUGUUGCCACCUCCCCCUCCCGGAGCUCCUUUGCCCAGUCUUCCCUUCCCCCCUGUCAGCAUGAUGCCAAAUGGCCCUAUGCCUAUGCCACAGAUGAUGAACUUCGGAUUGCCGUCCCUUGCCCCGCUGGUGCCACCCCCAACUCUACUAGUGCCAUAUCCUGUCAUUGUCCCUUUGCCUGUUCCCAUCCCCAUUCCCAUCCCCAUCCCUCACAUCAAUGACUCCAAACCCCCCAAUGGCUUCUCCAGCAAUGGUGAAAGCUUCAUUCCGAGUACCUCCAGCGAGACGCCUGGGGCAAAGCCAACCAAUAGCUCUUCAUCCCCUCGAGAGUCAAAGCAAGGAUCAUCCAAAUCCUCUGACUCAUCACCGAGCUGCUCAGGCCAGUCCCUUAAUCAAGCUAAAGUGCUUCAGGAGCACAGUAAAAAUGAAGUUGUUGAUUUGACUGUCAGACCUAGCAGUCCGAUGAACAGUAAAUUCGGUUUCCCCAGUGUGCUACAGGGUCCACAGGACGGUGUGAUAGACCUAACAGUAGGCCACCGGUCUAGGCUUCACAAUGUCAUCCACAGGGCCCUACAUGCCCAAGUGAAAGUUGAACGCGAACCUAACAGUGUUGUAAAUUUGGCUUUUGGUAGCUCAGACAAAAGGAACUGCAGUGACUGCAGGGACAAUUGCAGCCCAGUUGACUCAAAAACGUUACCGUGCAGUGACGGAGCUCACUGCUGUCCCGUCUCCUUGGCCUCUGGCACACCAGGACUGGAAGCUGGCGCAGCGGUGUGCAACGUCAUUGUGAAUGGCACAAAGAGCACAGAGGGUUCCAAGAACCCGGAGCCGCCCCAGGAGCCGAAGAAGCCCCAGCCCCCGGAGGAGCUGGCAGUGAGCGAGCUGGAGUCCGUGAAGGAGAACAACUGUGCGUCAAACUGCCACCUUGAGGGAGAUGCUGGCAAGAAGAGUGGGGAAGAGCCCCUGGCUGGGGGAGACAAACAGGACCCGAACCUUAACAAUCCAGCAGACGAGGACCAUGCAUACGCUUUGAGGAUGCUGCCCAAGACAGGUUGCGUGAUCCAGCCUGUGCCAAAACCAGCAGAAAAGACUGCUAUUGCGCCGUGCAUUAUCUCAACGCCAAUGCUCAGCACAGGGCCAGAGGAUCUGGAGCCACCAUUGAAAAGGAGGUGUCUCCGAAUUCGAAAUCAGAAUAAGUAAAGAUUACCUGCUGAGUCUCUCCGGUCUAUUUUUAGGUCCCAUAAAGGAGCGCUCGCUGACAGGGUACCUUGCAUGGAGAAAGGGAGCAGAGCAAACCACGUCACUUCACCGAAUGACACCAGCUGGUCCGCUCACCACCCCCUCUGGCUGGAAGUCCAGCAAAGAAAGCAGCUUCC